CCCCUCUAGUCUCGCUCGCGGCAACAUCGAACGAACUGCCCCCGCGCCAGUGGCAGUGGUUAACCUAGCGGAGCGGGUAACCUAGCUACCUGGCGGCGCAUGCGAUCGUGGAUCUUGUUCCGGUAGUGCUGCUCCUCGUGAUCUGGGUUCACGUAGCGUCGGUUGCUGUCGGCUGUGCGCACCAUGUGGAUCGUUAAUUGAUGUGGCGGCUAACCUAGGUAUCCGGCGGCAGAGGUAAUCACAGAUCUAGCUAGGUUUUGAGAUCGUGCAGUUCCUCGCGAUUGAAAGUGAUCUCGACGGGUGCCGUGACCAUCUUCCUUACUAAGUUUGGCAGAUCUGAACGGCCUCGGUUGUGAUUGUUUACAUAACAUCCGUGAUCAUGUGCUAUGUGUUUUAUAUUUCAUCAUUGAUAAUGUUUGCACAUGUGAUUAUACAUAUUAUUGGUUGUAGGAAAUGGCGGACGAGGAGUUAACUGAUAUCAUGGUAGACAUGGAGUUUGGAGAACUCAUGAAAGACUGGAUAGAAGAUUGGUCAGAUGAUGAAAAUUCAGAUCGUGAAGAUCGGUCAGAGAAUGGGAACGAAUGGGACGAUCUUAAUAUGGAUGAGCUUGAUGAUGAUCAGGAAAACAACUCGGAGCUCUCGAAUGAAGAUUAUAUUAGUCAGUUCAUUUCUGAAUGUCAUAAUGCAUACGACCAUUACGGUGAAUCCGACGUGGAGACAAGCCUUAACGACGAAUCAUUAGAUGCACCUGGUUCUGGGGAGUCCGAGUCGUCGGUCAUCAUGAGUGAGGUGACAAAAGAUGGUGGGGUAAUGAAUGUCCAAGAUACAGCCAGUGCAGAUGACAAGAGGGAUAUGUUCAUGCAGAUAAUGGACAUGACUUUUAUGACUCAUGAUGCUGCGUAUGAUUUCUACAACAGCUAUGCUAGAGCUAAUGGUUUCAGCAUUAGGAAGAAUAAGGUCAGAGGUUGUAUGGACAAGUUGGGAUUAUAG